AUGCCAGAGCUUGUUCGUCCUUCCCUCUCUCCUCUCGAGGACCGCAGCCCUCCCCGCGUUCACCCCCCGGGCUCAGCCCGAUCUGCAACCAUUGCAGAGGGCACAACCAACCUUCGCAAUCAGCGUCGCAAUUCUACCCUGUCCGACUCGGUAUCUGAGGCCCGGAACUCAAUUCGGUCAUCCACGGACGACAUACUUUUUCCACGUGCAGCCAAGAGGAGUGACGCUAAUCUGACAAAUGAAGAAUCGCACUGGCAUUCGGCACCCUUGGGUCUCGCCCUGCUGCCUGCUGUUGCCGGAAUCUUUUUCCAAAACGGAAGCGCCGUAGUCACCGACGUCACUCUCCUAAUUCUAGCAGCCAUAUUUUUGAAUUGGUCUGUCCGAUUGCCAUGGGAUUGGUAUCGCUCCGCUCAGGCCGUCCGCCAUGCAGAUAGGUUUCUCGACGCCACUGAUUUGCCAUUGGGGUCAGAAGCAGACGGCCGUGCAUCCUCGCAGGAACCCCCAGACAAUGCGGCAGGAAAUGAUGAUCAAACCCCAUCCGACAACGCCGCUGCAGUUGCGGCCAGCAGGGAGCUACAAAUACAUGAGCUUGUUGCUCUUGCGUCUUGCUUUAUUUUCCCAUUGAUUGGAACAUGGCUCUUGCACACCAUUAGAUCCAAAUUGUCGCGCCCUUCAGAAGGGUUGGUGUCCAACUACAACCUGACCAUUUUCCUGCUCGCAUCGGAAAUCCGGCCUUUCUCCCAUCUCCUCAGAAUGGUGCAGGGGCGCACCCUCCAUCUCCAGCGCAUUGUCACCUUAUCGUCUGAAGAUGAGGAACGCAAAAUAGAUGUGCUUGAUCUCGCGAAGCGCCUCGAGGAACUCGAGGCCCACAUAUCCGAGGCGGCCGCAGCACGUCUUUCCGCCAAAUCACCGAAUCGGGCCCAACAUUCUGCGCAAGACCCAGAGGUCGUUCAGUUGACGGUCACUCAAGCAACCGCGGAAGUGCGAAAAACCUUCCAAGUAGACAUCGAUGCUUUGAAUCGGGCUAUCCGACGCUACGAGAAACGCACCGCGGUCUCUGCCUAUCAAACAGAUUCUCGCCUUCAAGCCCUGGAAUCUCAAAUACACGACGCUGUCUCCUUGGCAGCAGCAGCCCAUCGCACGAGCACCCGACAUCCCCGAAAUCUUCUGCUCACGCUGGUCAGUUGGGUCUACGCAGCCUUUCUCCUACCCAUGCAGUUGUUCAUAUCCUUUGCCAGUCUCCCAAUGCACGUGUCAAUAAGCUGCUUUCGCUAUUUUAAAGACAUGCUCUUUUCAAUAUAUUCUCCAUCACCUAGACCAGCAAAGGACAAAACACCACUGAACAAAUCGCGGUCACCCAAACGGUCAAGACGAGUGUCUUCUCAACAAGACGCUGUCGACCGCCGUCCCCUCGACCCGAUUGAAGAGACUAAAUAA